AAGUGGCCGGCGGCCAUGUUGGCCGCGGGGGAAGCGGCGGCCCAGAGCCCCCUAAGAUGGAGGAGCGGCGCCCGCCGGGGGUGAGGGGCCGUGCGGCCGCGGGCCCAGCCGGGGCCAUGCAGCGGCACUAGGGUUUGUACCAUUGACAGCUACUUCACUGCCACAAUGUCUUCAACCUCAACACAAUAUCCAGCAUUUGAAAAUGCCAGCAGAAUUGCACAUGAACAGCCCCAACAGGUACGACCAAGACUGCCGUUCUUGAGGAUUCUGCAAGCUGCAGGUGCACAAGGUGAAACCUUCACAUUGAAGGAGGUCAUGCAUUACCUAGGACAGUAUAUCAUGGUGAGGGAGCUAUACGAUAAGCAAGAACAACACAUAGUGCACUGUGGAGGGGAUCCGCUGAGAGAACUGAUGGGACUGGACAGCUUUUCAGUGACAAAUCCACGCCCAGUUUAUGACAUGUUGAGAAGGAACCUGCUUUCAGCUACUGUUACAGAUGCUGCACAGACUCUUGUUCACGCAAAGGAUCAGAGCAUCGAUAACGCAAGCCAAGACCAGCCGAAGAGCAGCACAGAGGGAGUUUCUGACGCUGGGAGUACAGAGGGUGAAAGCAAUGCUCCUGCUUUGUCUACCUCAGAGCACAAAUCUGGCAGUUGUGAAGAAAAAGACUUACUAGAAAGCAGCCUAAAAAGUAGGAGCCCUAAACCUGACUUGGUGUUUGAGGAAUGGGAUGUAGCUGGUCUUCCAUGGUGGUUUAUAGGCAAUCUAAAAAACAACUACGGGGCCAGAAGUAGUGGAUCAACAGACAUACAGAAUAACCAGGACAUAGACACUGCCAUUGUUUCAGAUACUACUGAUGAUUUGUGGUUCCUUAAUGAACCUGCGCCGGACCAGCUAAAUGUCAUAGCCGAAGUAGAGACAGCUGACUGUGAAGAAGGGAAAGAGGGUGACAAAAAGGGGACCGAGACUACAUAUUCUGAUGACCCUGAAGAUUUUCAGUGCUUAGAUGAUGACAUGGAUACAGAAAUUCCCUCUGAGGAGUGUUGGCAGUGCAGCAAGUGCAAGAAGUUUAACUCUCCAGUCAAACGGUACUGUUACCGCUGCUGGGCCUUACGGAAGAACUGGUACUCGGAUUGUCCCAAACUGGUUCACUCUUUAUCCACGUCCAAUAUUGAUGCUAUGCAAGAUAAAAAUGAUGACAAGGGGAUUGAUGUUCCAGACUGCAGGAGGACUGUUUCUGCUCCAGCUGGCCAAGCCAAACACCCAUUUGUAGUAGAAGGCAAGUCUCACAUGGAUCCCUGCAGUUCCAUCAAAUCCAUGGAGUUAGCAGAGGAUUGCAGUAGCCAAGAGACAUUGGUGAGUUUUGGCAAGCAUGAAGAGAAGGAAAAAGAAUCGUUUGACAAUAUCAAACAACUCUUGGAUCCCUGCCUCUUAUGCCAGAAGAGACCACGAAAUGGGAAUAUUGUCCAUGGCAAGUCUGCUCACCUAGUGGCCUGUUUCAAAUGUGCAAAAAUGCUGAGAAAAGGGAGAUCACCUUGUCCAGUUUGCAAGAAAGAGAUCCAUGGAGUGAUCAAAGUCUUUAUGGCAUAACUAUGCUGGCUGUUUACAGACAAAGCAUAGGUUUUUGGGUUUUUUUACUUUCAGAUCUGGACACCCCUGUGCUGAGUGCAGUGCAUGCCCAGAAGAAGCAUCAUAUUAGAUUUGUGUAGAUUUAAUAUAUAUCUGUAUAGAUCAGGCCCUUCAGCAGGGCUUUUUGGCGCUUUUAUCUAACAACUGAUUGAAAGUGCAUUAGAUAAAAGCACCAAAAAGCCCUGCUGAAGUGCCUGAUCUAUACAGACUUGGGGGAGCGUGGUAAAAUCAACAUACGUGUUUAGUCGUCGUGUGUGUGUGUGUGUGUGUGUGUGUGUGUGUGUGUGUGUGUGUGUUUUUCAGCACCUGCUGUAAUAUUAAGGUGCUGCAAGGACAUGCAUACUAGUUGGAGGGUUACUGACAAAAGACUUCAUUCUGGGCUUUGUGAAGAUGGAAGGCAAUCUAACUUUGCAGCUCAUCUGGGAAAUGCCAAAGAGGUGGCAUCCAAACAUUUGCCAAAGGAAAUUGAAUAAUCCCCUAAAUAGAAUGAAGUGAUAUUCUGUUGUUAGUGUUGGUUUAAAGUCCAGAGGCCUGUCGGUAGCGUGUGCUCUGGGCUUCCUAGUUUCUAAGCCCUUUACUUUCAGAGCUUUGGAUAUGAGGAUGGUCACAAGGUUCCUCAGGUUUUUUGAACUGGUCCUUGCAGAAACAACUGCAGUUCUACGAAAAGCAAAAUCUUGCUCUGUGAUAAGGAAAACCUUGUGCAGUGCAGAGUUGUGUAUGGAUGGACAGUUUCUGUAAGAAUCAGUUAAGAGCAGGGAGGAAUGAGGUAUCCUGGCUUUUCUAACACUGUAGUAGUUUGGUAAAGAUUAGCUUGAGUUUCCCCCUUCUCUUCCUUCCCCCAGUUCCCAGUAAAGCAAACAAAAGAACAUCCCAAAUCCACUUUUCAAUCAAGAAGUAUGCCUAAGGUGCUAUGAAAGUAGUGUACAGCAUAUCUUUUAUCCAUUAUCAAUCCAUAUUGAGCCCUCUUCAAUUGUAAUACCGGGAUCAGGAGUCUGACUUAGUUUCUGUCCCUUGCCAUAGCUUUGUCCAAGUCAGUUAGUGCAGCCAGACACCCAUCUGGCCCUGGCUAUAUGACUAAGUGAGGCGGGUGCUGUUGCUUGUAUCUGAACAUUUUGAUGAUUUUAACCUGUCAUUUGUGCUUAAAUCGUAUAACAGCUACAUACCUGCCUUGUUGAACCUGGCCCCGGCCCCUCAUUUCAGUCUGUUUAGAGUGCCACAGACAUUUGUUAAGGACUCGACCAUGGAAUUUGAAAAAACGAAGCUUUGCGAGUGCCCUUCCCUCUCAGAGAGCAUCACAGCCUGUCUCCCAUGGAGGCUGCUCUAGCCUUGCCCUUGUGGUGAAAGCUGUGGAGGAAUCUGUGGGAAGGAAAGAAUAUUCCUGGGGGUACUAGCCUCUGGUGGCACCGCACUACUGACAUGCAGCUUCGUUAGAUCCACCCUCCUGCCCUGUCUCAUCACAGCUAGCCUGAGAACCCCAGAGGGUCUGAAUGGCUUCCACGGAGCAUUUGGCAUGACAGUGGGUCAGCCUUGCUCAAAUUCUCUUCUGGCUUCUGCAGCAUGGACCGCACACUGCACACCUAGUGUGAGGAAAGAGGCUGUGCUGGAGAAGCAGCUGAUCUCGCCAGCGAGGACCCACAGCUGAAAAAUACCUUCCGGGUUAUGCUGGUCUGAGUGUGAUCUAGCUACUUGCUAAACUAUAAAGGCAGGUAAAUAGCCCCUUCCAACCUGCAGCCAACUUCUCCUUUGCUAAACAAGAGUUGGUAACAUGGCUGAGUGCUUAAAGGGAAUCUGUUUCCCUGCCACCUCCUCCUCCCUCUAAAGCAGUUAAAUACUGCCCACAGUUUUUUUUUCAUUUCCCAUCGAUUCCCUGAAAUUGGGAAGCAACUUGCACUUUAGGAUUUUGAUUUUUUGAAAAUAACAGCGUCAGAGUGUGAUGUAGGUGCUAUUUUGCCUAGUCUGUCGCCUGUGUAGUAGUGCUCCCAGCAGCCUGCCUGGGCGUUGAUAAGGAUGGUUUAAUAACUGCUUUUCUUCCACCACUGCCUUUCUUUAUGUACAAAAGUAUACCCGCUGCAUGGGCUCAAUCCACUGGGAAGCCAGUUGUAGGUGCGUAGAACGUGUGUCUACCAGUCAUCAUCUCAAAGGUUUCACUGCCCUCUUCGGAGCCAUCACUACUAAUCAUUGCAGCUCGUGCCAUUUGUGCAGCUACCAAGGACACACAGUUUAACUGAACUUGAAUUUCAUUAUGUAAAGUCUCCCACACCCAGUCCUAUUCAGCUACCUUAUAUGUAACUCAAUAAUGGAAGACCACCAACCACAGCGACAGUAGCUUCUUCGAACUUAAUUUCUUUGCCGGGACACCGGAUUAUGUGGACUCAGAGCUAUCACUGCCCAGAGUAUUUUUUUAUUUUCCACAUGUGUUGUUAUAUUUACUGUGUUGGUUUUUAUUUGCUCUGUGUCAGUGUUUGUUUGCAAAGUUCCCGAGUUCUACUUGAGAUACCAUUUUAAAAUGUCAUUUUUCUCUGUAGCAGAUACAUGCCAGAUGGUGGCUGGCCUUUAUUCUGUUGAAGUUGGAUACAUCUUUGAGGUGUGAUUCUUCUUUCUUUGACGUAAUGUUGUUAAAAUGAAGAUGAUGUGCCGUAGCUCCCGAGAUACAGAAGCAGAACAGUGUCAGCUCCUGGCAGCACAAGAGGGGAACUCUUGUCACUGUCCCUUUGAACAGUUGUGCGCUUGGUGAGGUGAUCUUGGGGAGGAGCCUGCAAGUGCUCGUCCUGAUACUGUGAAUUGUUCCCCCCAUCCUGUUGCUUAUAAAACCUAUGUUAAGACUUCUCUUUGAGUUUGGUAGGUGCUAGGUGCUGGUGUGUUCAGCGUGCGGUUCUUGCUAACCAGAAAACAAAAUUAAAAGCAACAAAAAAGAAAAAAAAAAAAAGGGGAAAAAAAAAGGCACUUAGCCGCUGUGCCCAUAACUUUUGCGCGCACACCACUGACUAUAAUACUGCUAACAAAAGUUCUGAGUCAUUUGGGAUUGGAAUAUCCUGACUGAAACUCUGUUAAGCUCAGUUCACACUUAAGUUGCUGUAUUUGCCUCUCUUCUGUUUUUAUGAGUUUCUUGGUUUUCCUGUGAAUGACGGAGGUUUGCACCGAGUUGCUAGUGUAAUAUUAAAGCGAUAAAAUAUGUCUACAGAAACGCUUUUGGGGGGUUGCUAGUUGGCUUUCUGCUCUCUCCCUGCCUGAGGCAGGUGCUGAUAUGAGGCCUGCUCUAGCGUGCUGAUAUGGUUACUUCUGUUGGGACAGAGAUUUUUUUGUUGAAAUCAUUACUCCAGCACUUUUAGACUAUAAAUGCUUCUGCUGGGGGCACAUUAACUGUACUAGUCAAGUAAAAGCUAAGUGGCAUGAGUCCCGCAUAGACUACAAGUACAAGUUGCAGAUGCUCAACAUUUCUGAAAAAAUGAAGGCACUGGUGUAGCUGUCUCCCUUUGGGAACACAAGGGGAAAAAAAAAUGUCGCCAAGCAGCAUAUGGGAUCUUGUGUUGGACCUGUGCCUUGGAGGUUCAAUUUGACUGCCACGGCAUGCUACCUUUGCUGUGACAGCCUAUAAGACUACUUCUAAGAUACUGAAGAUGCCUCUUUCUCUAUGGUUAUCUUAUUACGACGUGCAAUAUGAGAGCAAAGAUGCGGUGCAAACAUUUAAAUUACUAUUUCUGCUCCCAGCGUUAUUACUAUCAGAAAGGUUUGUACCUAUCCUUAGGUGUUCUUCACCAGAGUUGUUCUGUGCAGUUGUGGAACAUGCUAGGAGCAUCAGUGGUGACAAGUAGUUUAUAUGUAAUGUAUUUGCUAACCCUCCAGCCAGAGCGCUUUGCAUUCAAAGCCCACAUAGGAGAGGAAAGUUUUUUAUCUUGACUGAUACUUAAAUGCAUUAUUGUAGCCACCAGCUCUUCAAUGCAGCUUUAGUCAAAUGAAUGCUUCCCCACAGUGGCUUGUGCAUUACAGAGCCAGGUCUGUGCACGUAUUAUCAGAGUGUGUUCCUGAUACUGGGGUAGCCAGAGGUAUAGAAGUGCAAGUGCAGCCUUGCUUGAGUGCCUCCCCUCUGUCCUUACCCAUGGGGUUGAUGCCUCUUUGCUAAGCUGGCAGUACCACUUGAACCAUAUUGCUGCGCAUUAAUCUCUUCCCUCCUGUGUCCCACAGCUCAGCAUCCCUCCCAAGCCAGACUUCAUUGCCACCCAUUCAAGGUGAAGGAACUUUAAAAAUUGUCCCUCAGAGCCUGGCUCUAUCCCAGCUGUUGGAAACACUCCAGAAAGCUUCCUUCCCUACGCGGGGACAGGGCAGGAUGUCUUUUCUCCAGCAGAAUGCCCUGUCCCUUCUGCCUCAGUCUGCACUCAGUGCUCACCAUGCUGCUGCAUAGUUCUGGGGUGUUAAAAAAGAGGUGCAGUUUAGCCAUGAUUUUUUUCCAACCUGGCUUUCUCACAGCAUCUACCCAUGGCGGUGGGUGGUGCCCACCACUGCAAAGCUCCCUUUGAAGGGAAAGAGAUUGGACAGAUCACAGUUUUGCUGUAGACCUGAGCUGGGCCUGGCUUCUCCAGCCCUCACCUGAAAAACACAUCCCAGCAGAAUGCAGUACCCUGCUUCCCACCUUGCAGCUGGCCUCUUCUGCUUCUGGCUUUUCCUAUCCAGUAGGGGACAAAUCUCUGUGCCAGUUAUUUGCAUUAAACGUUUCACAUAGGGGAAAGAAACAUGACUAAAGACAGGUCUUCACAGGAGACCUGGGUUCUGUUUCUUGGCCUUGGCCCUGGCUCACUGUUUUGAGCAAGCCACUUCCUUUUCUUGUUAUGGUUUUGUAAAGGAGGGGUUGCAGCCCUGCCCUAACUCAGGCAUGCUCAAUGGCUACAUUCGUGUCUGAAGAGCACCAGGAUCCUAGAGAGGAAGACACUCGGCAGCUUCUGUCAAGCAGCUCCCUGGAGUAAGGGGAAAAGAUGUGAAUUAAUUGCAGCCAGAUCUCAGAGUGGAAAGGACCUGCCUAUGCUGAUGGUAUUUUCAGGAGCCUUGGAAGUAUUGGGACAAUUGCUUCUCUGUCCUGGAGAAUUCUGUGGUGCACAUCCUUGCCAUUUAAUAGCAGAAGCUAGAAUUUACUUUACCUCUUUUGAAAGUGGAAGGCGGCAGAACCCAACACCAGGACAUUGUGAUUUCCUGGUUGACCAGCAAAAUACCCCAGUGCCAGUCUGUGGGUUACACUUCUAGUGAAACUGGGCAAUAUCCUACUUCCUGAUCAGCACCAGUAAGUGCUAUCUGUGGGUGCAGCCAUAGGUUCUCUCCCGUUACACAGUAAAGAUCUAGACACUUCCCUAGCACACGUGUGUGGUCUCACAUGUGUCCUAAGCCUGACUCUAGGAAAGCUACACCUGGAAAUUCUGUGUUCAGACCCUGGGGUAGGCACAAACACGUCACACUUCUCUCUUACUGGAGGCUUGAAAAUGAUGGAAAUGUUUUGUGCUCUUGGACAGCGAUGAAUAAAAAGGGUCAUUCCUUAAAUCUCUUCAGACACUUUUCCCUGCCCCUGUGCUAUUAUUGUAAGCCAAAUCUCUUUGUAUUUGCACUGAAAUUAACUCAGUUGAGUGUGUGAUACAGAAACUUUAACUCUGCACAAGGUUUGUGAAAACUGAAUAGAGCCUUUAUUGCCAGCAAGGCAUCUCCCUCCUUUCUUUGUCUUCCCUUGUCCUCUAGCAGGGGUUGGCAACCUAUGGAGCCCAUUGGAUCUGGCUGGUGGAGUCAGGGGGCUUUGCCUCUUACACAGCCAGGCUGUCUGGGGGGAAGUGGUAGCAGUGACCAGGUCCCAGUGCCUGGGCUGGGUCAUUUCUCUCAGAAAAAGCUGCCACCCAUUGCCCCGUGGGGAUGAUUGUACAGUGUUUGCAAAGGGACAGUUGUAGCGUGCAUACAUGUACCCACACUAGCUCUCCUUGAGCUGCCGUGGGUAACAGCAGGGAGGGCCUAGUAGCACAGCAUUCAGCUGCCUCAGUACUUCCAAAGCUAGUUCAGUCCUCACCCUGCUCCAUUCUCGUUGUUCCUAAUACCCAAGCCAGAUCUGUGCAAGCUGUCUUGAGCCUAUACAGUAGUCCCAGUUCUGACUGCAGUCAGACACAUCCUCAGACUAGCUUAUUUGCUUGUGAUUGUAGGAGACAGCUCUAGUAUAAUCCAAUUGCUUCUGAGAUCUUGAUCUAGAAGUCACCAAGACUUGGUACUACCAUGUGCAAUACAGAGUAUUACUUAGAAACAGACUAUUAUGGCUGUUAGUGCAGAAUAUGAGGGCCAGAAGGUCCAGCUCGUACCCCAGUUCCCCUUCUCCAGCAAAUGCAGUGCUGCCAGUUCAAGGGUAUAGAUUGUAGCCGUGCUUCCUCAGCGUGACGAUUUGUACCUGUAAGUUUGCAAACUAGAAUUUUAACAGCUAUUUGAGUUGUUUUAAUAAAAGAUUCUAAAUUUACCUAAAGAA